GGGAAUAGGGAUGUUUCAAUGGAAAAUCGUUUGUCCUGAAAUAGAUGAAUUACUGCAUAUGUUUGUAUAAUUCCCUCCUUUUUAAACAAUAAUGACAAUACAUAGUAAGCUGCAGUGGACGCGACUGGGUAUGCAAGAAUUCACUUAUUACAUGAUUUGUUUGCAACUUUACAUCGCACAAUAAUUUUCGUACAAAGAGGCUACAUAUGCUGGCUUAUGUAGGUUGUUAUUAUUACUAAGUUGUGUAAAUACAGGCGGGUCAGUGCAGCUCAUGGGUCCCUCGCCGCACUAUGUUCAUUUGGGCGUUGUAGAAUGGCCACCUCACCUUUCAGGUGUAGCGAAUAUUGUUGUCACUGCGAAUGCAGCCCUCUCAUUGGCUGCGAGCUGUAUCUGACUCUCCCGGUUUCCAGGAGUGCUAACCUCCGUUGAGCGAGUUAAAAAAACAAAUAAAAGAAAAUAUGUCUGACACGCUGUAAAGCAUUAUACCACCAAACAAUACAGCCCGGAAGGCAGAAAGACUCUGCCUAACUUUAAGGACAUGGAGCUGAGAGAGGAGUGGCAGGAUGAAGAGUUUCCCAGGCCACUUCCAGAAUAUGCUCAUGGCCCAGAGGAUGAGCUGGAUGCUCCUGCUGCAGAGACAGGCAGACCUGUCCCUCCCAGCAGCCUGGCGCUGUCUGGAAGCAAGCCCAGGAAGAGGCGCCUGGCGGCCCCCAGGAUGAUCCUGGGUCUCGACCAGACCGACUCCCUGAUCUCGGAUGAGUUUGCGGCGGCCGCCCUCUCCACCUCCCCCGAGGACGACAUGGAGCUGGACAUAAACCUGGAGGCCCUGGAGACGCCUUCCGACAGCGAGUCCUGCAACUUCCCCGACAGCGCGCACGAACUGGAGUGGGAGGAUGACCUGCCCCGGAUGGACAGCGAGGAGGACAGGAAGGUCAGCACACCUGUUACAGACCAGGUGGAGAUGGACAUGGACCAGGUGGACAAAGAGGGCCGCAGGUGGCGCCGGUUCAGAAUCGCUGGGCAGGAGGUCCGCGUCAACAUGAGUGUGCUGGAGCCCUACCUCCAGGUGCUGUCCCAUGGGGGUUACUAUGGGGAUGGAAUGAAUGCCAUCAUCGUGUUUUCCUCCUGUUAUCUCCCGGAUAGCUCCACUGAGCACUAUGAAUACGUCAUGGAGAAUCUCUUCAGGUACAUUGUGGGGACCCUGGACCUGAUGGUUUCGGAGAACUACGUGAUGGUGUACCUUUGCGGAAUGGCCCCCCGAAGCAAGAUGCCUCCGAUAAAAUGGCUGCGUGAGUGCUACGUGACCGUGGACAGGAGGUUGAGGAAGGAUCUGAAAGGCCUGUUUGUUGUUCACCCUACCUGGUAUAUCAAAGCGCUGAUCACCAUCGUCAAGCCAUUCAUCAGUGUGAAGUUCAGCCGGAAGUUGCGCUUCAUUAACAGCCUGCUGGAGCUUCAGCAGUUCAUCCCGAUGGAGCAUGUCCAGAUCCCUGACUGCAUCCGACAGUUUGACAAGACGAUGAAUAGGUGAAUCGCCCUCAUCAUCUCCCUGUAAUAUAAUGUACAUAAGGACUGGAGAGCUGGGAAGAAGUGUGGGCGAGGCUGGGAAGGCUAGUGCAAGCAUCCAGGCCUACAGUGUGGGGUCACGGUUUCACAGCACCAAGGGCUGCCUUGUACAGUAUAGGGAGGUUGAAUAGUGGCAUGAGGGACAGCGUGUGAUGACACAUAUAGUAUAUCCCAGUUAUUUGGUGCAAGGGAGGAGGUCUGUUGAGGUAUUUUUAUAUAAUGAUGCCACUCAAUACCACAGGGUAAUAAAGGCAAACUCUAUGCCCUAUUCGUUGGCGAUAGCCACGGUUAUCAGUCUGUAUGACGGUGUUGAUUAAGGGUCUCCGCAACACUGCCAGGAAGUUCAGCACUGGCAACACAGAUCUUUUCUACUGCCAGUGUUCUUUUUACUCUUCCUGCAUCCAGUCAAAUGGGAAUGGAGAUUUCAAUUGAGAGUUUAUUGGAAAGGGAAAGACAUGAACAUUGGGAAAGAAGUUUUGUCAGAACAGGCUCUAGCAGUUCAGCACUUUUCCAGUUCGUCACAGCGAGCUGAUUGAUGUUUCAGAAUGAGCUCAUUCUCGCAGCACCCCACACAUCUCUCGUCACCAAACGCUGCCUGAACAGAACGGACGCCCUCCCUCCCCGUGAGGAGCUACACGACAUCGGCAUUGUUGCGUAACUACAGUGAGAUUGAUGGGUGCGAUAUUGCUAAAAUCAAUGGGAAUGCCUAAUUACUGGUUGGGUGAGCAAUGCGAGCUAUUAUUGGGCAAAAGGACUAUUAUAAGGCAGACUGUCUGUUAUAACAAAAACACUAUUUAUUCAGGCACUAAGUGCAAGUGUCAAGACCACCUUGCCCUUGUGAUUGAAGUUUGUAUUGUCUUCAAAAAUGCAUUGUAUCAUAUUUUGACUUUAAAACAUGUUUUAUAAUGUACAACUUAACAUUAAAUUCAUGGCAUAUCACUAUGUGCUUUUAGGGAGCAGUCUAGAGAACAGUAUGCAAUGAAAUCUUAUUGUAAACCUAGCAGCAAAUGCAGAAGAAACUGUUCAUGUUCUGUCCACUUCUGUAAGCAAAAGCCAUUUUAUUGCUCCUUGUCAGUGCAAAUAUUUAUACAAUGUUAACAGAUGGACAACCUGUACAUUCAGUUAUAACAGACUGAAAAUCCUUGGGGCUGAUUUUCUAAGUUAUGUCUGGUAUUUGAUUUUUUUUUUUUGAAGAGUACUGUGUACACUGGGAGGGUUUUUAGCACAUACCUGUUUCCACUGAAAGUGAACUGUACCUUUAAUAUGGGGUUGCAGUUGGGUGGGUGGAUUGGUGUUUGGUUUUAGAGAAGGCCUCUGAAUCUCACAGUGGGAACUUUCAGGAAACGUACUUUGACAGGGAAGGGAAAUGAGGUAGCAUUAUUGGGGAAAUAGGGGGGAGUUAUUACUGUUUGGCUUUGACCCGUAAACAGGAACUGAAGAAAUGUUUAAGAUUAUAUCAUUUCCAGUACCCUUUAACCCUUCAUAUGGAACAACCUCAUUCUGUGAACAGCACAAAUCAAGGACAAAAAAUGACAUUGUUGUAUGAACUACACUGAAUUAUGUGUUACUGUAUUUCCAGGCUUUACUAUAAUCAUUUCUUCAGCUAAAACCUAAAUUAUAUGUUAUUACAUAAGGACACAAUUAUAGUGGUUUUGUAAGUGGUAACACUACUUCACCAAAAACCUUUCACUGUUUUGUUCAAACAUGUACUGUAUGUUGUUUAUAAAGCUCGCUGUGCUGUUCGUUCACCCUUGGAUUCCUAAACUCCUCUGUUUUUCUUACUAUUCAUCAGGUUUUAUUGUAUUUUUCUACACUGCACACCCAUACAUCUGUUGAUUUCAAUUUCAAGAAUAUCCAGGGAUCAAAUUUAUUAUUUCACCGCAAACUUUAAAUAAAAUUAUACCCAGUGAUUACAGGGCUCAUACUGUAUGAGCGAUACCCUUUGAAAUAAUCCAGAGACAGAGUCCAGUUCAGAUUAUAUUGCCUGUAAAAUCACAAUAAUCAUUUGAAACAGCGUAGAGUGCUAAAUAUUUUAAAAUGAGCUCUGUGAGAGAUAUUGUAUGUGUAUGGUGUAUCUGUCUGAACACUGUCAUCUCAGGAUUUCAUUUCCAGAAAUUACAUUUUUAUAUAAAGACAUUUUUACAUUUAAAUUGCUUUGCUAUCAGUGCUUGUAAAACUAGAUAUGCGUCAUCCAAUAGCCUUGAGAUCUCUUUAAUGACCUGCAGGACUGCAUGAGCAGAUGCAUUGAUUUAACAAAAAAACUAACUAAAUCCAUUUGGAAUAUGGUUUGUAAUUGGCCAUCUGUUUGCAAGAUUUGCAUGAUUGCAUGACUUUUUGGACAUAGAAUUUUUUCAUCUGAGUUAAACUUGAUAAACACUGGUCUCACUGGUUGUAAAGCUUGUAGGAAGGUAUAUAAAAUCCCUUUACAGAAAUAAUCCAUGCCAUCUAUCAGCCCUCUGACUUUCCCCAGUUUGAAGAGGGAAAUGCAUUCUAAUCGCAUACCAGGCCUAAUUGCAUCAAUUAAAUGUAAUCAAUGAGCAACAACAGGCCAUGGAUUUCACUCACUGAAGCUUUUUACAGUGCAUGUGGUGCUCCUUUGAGUGCAGUCUCAGCUGUGGCCUGGCAAUGGUACAGUACGUUGUUGAACAAAGGAAACGAAAUGUUGUUGGUGCCUUAUUCCUCGUAAAGCCGUUUCUUUCCGACAUCUGUUAACACACACUGAAGUGGACACUGCUUAUUUUUUGUACAGCUCUAUGCAAACUGAUGGAAUGUUUUGGAAGUAUUAUCACUGUUUCGUUGUGGCUUGGUAAUGUAAAUAAAAAACGUCAUUAGGGGUUGUUGAGA